AUGGAGGGAGAGGAAAGUUCGGCGGACGAAGGGGAAGGAAGUGGGAGGAAAAGGAAGAGGACGGAAGGACGGGGAGGAGAGGAAGGUGGAAGGAAGGAGAGGGAGGAUGGAUUGCGGAAGGAGGGGAAUAGAAGGGGGGAGAGGGGUGAGAGGAAGGGGGAAUGGAGGAAGGAGGGAAAGGGGGGCCGUGGGGGAGGAAUAGGAAGAGGAUGGAGGGGAGGGAAUAGGGGAAGGAGAGGGGAGGAAGGAAGGGCAAGCGGGAAGGAGGAAAGGAAGGGAAGGCAGGACAGGAUACUAGGGAGGAGGAGGAAGGAGGUGGAAGGGAGGAGACGGGAGAGCAACCACACAAAAAGAAGGAAGGGGGGGGAGGGGGAAGAGGGGAAUGGAGAAUGGGGGAGAGGAGAGGAGGAAGGGAGGAGGGAGGAAGGGAGGGACAAGGGGGGAGGGAGGAGGAGGGAGGGAAAGGGAGUCAGGGGAGUGUGGCGAGAGGAGAAGGAUGAAUAG